AUGGCAACCACAGGAAAAGGCCGAGAGACAGGCCCACGCAAAUAUGCCUACAAUAUUGAAGCCGCACGGGAGCGAGAAAUGCACCUAUAUUUGCCAUACUGGGGCUUCUCACGCUCGGAAAAGUUCGCACAGGAAUCAGUCGGACAUCAUCCUAAUAUCUCCCGUGACAAUGUCUUGACCGUUUUCGCCCAACUAGCGAGCCUGCGGCUGAACACAAGCCGAGCUCUAAUAUCGCUCUUCGAUCGCACGACGCAACAUGUUGUCGCCGAAGCAACUCCUCAACUUGGUCUCCGCACCACCAAGAGCGGCGAGGGGCCGGAUGCCCUAUGGCGUGGUGUACAGCAGCUUCCCCGAGAAAGAAUCCCAAUGUGCAACCUAGCCAUGCGUGAUUUCACCGACGAGGCAAAGGAGACGUUCAUGGUACCUGACCUCACGAAAGACCCUCGCUUUCGUUCUGCCUCCUUUGUGACAGAUGCUCCUUUCCAUCGCUUCUACAUUUCUGUUCCGAUAAGAUCACCUGAGUCUUAUAUCAUUGGGAGCAUCGCCGUGUUGGACGACAGGCCGCGAGAUGGCAUAACGGAAGAACAGAAGCAACUCCUGCAAGAACUUAGUGUCACCGUUAUGGAGUACUUACUGUCUCUGCGGGCGAUGCGUGAGGAGCACCGCGAGGAGAGGAUGGUACGUGCUCUGGGGGUUUUCGUGCGUGGCAAGUCAGACUUGAGGGACGGCAUGGAUAGCGACGGUUCGGCUGAUAAAAAGCCCGAUGAGCUUGCUCAAGUCAAUCGAAAAUUGGAGGAGGUCCAGAUAUCCCGCCGACAAGAGGAUUCGGAGCAGGGAACCGGACAGAAAAGAUCGCCCCGAAUGCUCAAUGAUGUCACCUCGAGCCAUCAGGAAUCGCCUGGGGAGAAGGAAAGGCAAACACGGUCACCUGUACGGAAAUUCAAGACAGAGGAUGAGGGAGUAGAGUCCGAAGUUGAGAGAGAAGAGAAUGAGCAGCGGCCUUCACUCACGCCCACUACAAAGAAAUUGCAGAAAAAUCUCGCCCCUCACAACGUUCGGUCUGUUCUUAACAGGGCGUCCUGUUUGAUGAAUCAGGCAUUGGACAUUGAAGGAGCCAUGUUUAUCGAUGCCAGUGUGUACGCUCGACGACAAGUCAUCGGACCGGUCAAUAAUGGCAAAGAAAAUGAUAAUGACUUCAGCACCAACCGAAGAGAUAGUGAUGAUUAUGAAAUGGACUCUCAGGAGAUACCUGCUACUGGUGAAGAUACUCAGGGCCCCAGAAGCUUGGUUCUCGGUUAUUCGACAACUUCCGCUUCCAGUGGGAAAAGCGGCAAGAGCGAGAGCCAUUAUAUGCCAUUGCCAGGCAGCUUUGUGAAUCAUUUAAUUGAUCGAUACCCGAGAGGAAAAAUCUUCCAUAUUGAACAGGAUGGCUCAAUCGCAUUGAGUUAUGAAGGACUGGCGGACGAUGUCAGCCAGGCAUAUAUCUCGAAAGAAAAAGAGAUUGAAGAGGCAUCGCCCAAUGCCGAAGAUGUCGAAUUCGAAACGAUGGAGAUCAAUCACUUCCAUAAACUCUUCCCUGAAGCACGAUGCCUUGCAAUAUACCCCAUUUGGGAUUUCCAGCGCAGUCGAUGGUUUAGCGUGAAUCUCGUCUGGACCAACGAUCCAGGCCGCGUUUUAUCGGAGCCAAAAGACCUGACAUAUAUGGCGGCUUUCAGCAACAGCGUCAUGGCCGAGGUAUCGCGCAUGGAUGUGGAAGCAGCCGACCGCGCCAAAGGUGAUUUUAUUUCGUCCAUCUCCCACGAGUUGCGCUCUCCCUUACACGGCGUUUUGGGUACUGUGGAAUUACUUCAGGAAACAGCCACUACCUAUGCGCAAACAGGUUUGGUGGAAACCGUCCACAGCUGCGGACGAACCUUACUUGAUACCCUCAAUCAUCUGCUGGACUAUGCUAAGAUCAAUACGCUCGCCGCACCAAGAGCCUCGAUUCAGUCUCAGAGCUCCCAUGUCAAUGGUGCUGGCGAUGGCGCUCAGCCCAAGGUAGCAGUCCCGGGAGUCGUCCAAGAUGAGGAUUUAAGUGCAUUGGUGCAGGAGGUAGUGGAAGGUCUGCUCGCUGGUGCCGAGUUCUACAGUCGGGAGACGGACUCUGCGCCCGAAAGUUCUAGACAAAACGGCAACCAGACUACCAUGUCCUCCAGAAAGGGUAUCCUCAAAAGCCGAGUGAUGACCAUUGUGGACAUUGAAUGGCAGGAUAACUGGUGUUUCCCCGUGUAUUCGGGUGCUUGGCAUCGAGUCGUCAUGAACCUUUUUGGUAAUGCCCUGAAAUAUACGCAGACAGGGUACAUUCGGCUGUUCAUGAAGAGAGAUUCCUUGACCCUCGAGAAAAACAAAUCUGUGCCCGCAGUGCGAAUUACGAUCAGUGACUCUGGCCGCGGCAUGUCUCAAGACUUUAUUCUUCACCACAUUUAUACCGCCUUUGUUCAGGAGGAUACUCAAUCACCGGGCCUUGGAGUGGGUCUCCAUCUGGUCCAUCAAAUUGUGAAGUCCUUAGGUGGGAAGAUUGAAUUCAAGAGCAAGAUCGACCAAGGGACAGAUGUUGAUGUGAUUCUUCCAUACACAAAUCCUGCAUCUACUCCUCCUUUAGAAUCAUCACAUCAUGCAUUACGGAGGAGACUGUCCGGCAUGACAGUUUCUUUCUUCACGUGCAGCUCCCAGCGUGGCGAUUUAGGCAUAAAGCCGGAAGUAUUUGAUAACAUUCGGUUUAGCCUGGGCCGAAUGGUCAACGACUGGUUUGGGUUGACCGUUUUAAGUUCGAAUGAGCUUGAAAUUCAGACAGCUGACUUUUUGAUCGUGACUGAACACGAGUACCGAAAAAUGGCGUGCGAUUCAGAUGAAUCCGAUAUUCGGAAAUCUAUUGAGUCGAAGAGUGGAUUUCCCCUCAUUGUUCUCAGUGAACGAGCUAGCAGCUGGAAGGUAGCCAAGGAGAAUAACAAGGACCAUGCAAUUUUUUGGCUCAACCACACGAGGCAACAUAUUAGAAGCGAAAUUUCACCAACGGAAGAUAGCGAAUACGUCGCAAAGGAUCAGGGGCUGGACGACGAUGAGUCUGAAGGACAUCACCCAGACAAAGGGGCUGUUAUUCCACGCGAGCAAGGACCUGGAAAAACUGCCCCAGAGGUGCUUCUUGUGGAAGAUAAUGCUGUUAAUUUGAAGAUUCUUGCGGAAUGUGUAAAGAACACUAACCUCGCCUACGAAACCGCGACCAACGGUCUUGACGCAGUAGAAAAGGUCAAAACUGGAAGAUUUGACGCGAUCAUUAUGGACAUCUCCAUGCCCGUGAUGGACGGUCUUUCCGCGGCUAGAGCUAUGCGGAGCUUUGAGAAGGCCAAUGGCCGCUCCCCCACCUCUAUUAUCAUCUUGACGGCAGUUUUAUCUGCCGAAAAACAGGAAGAAGCAAAUAUCAGCGGCGUGGAUGUGUUUCUCACCAAACCUACCCCGCUGAAGCAGCUGAGCCAGAUGCUUCGCAAUUUGCCAAGCGUGAAUCGAGCCAACUAG